CUCGGGCGGCCGCGGCGCGAUGGAGGCGCCGGCCGAGCUGCUGGCCGCGCUGCCCGCGCUGGCCACGGCGCUGGCGCUGCUGCUCGCCUGGCUGCUGGUGCGGCGCGGGGGGGCCGCCAGCCCGGAGCCCGCGCCCCCGGCCGAGGCCCGCGGGACCCCCGCACCGCCCGGCCCCUGCGCCCCGGAGCCCGCGGCCGCGCCGGAGGGCCCGGGGGAGCCCGAGGGCCCGGGGGAGCUCGCGGCGGCGCCGGCGGAGGCGGAGGAGCAGGCCGCUGAGGCCAGGCAGGAAGAGGAGCCAGAGCUGGAGCCGGAGCCACAGCCGGAGCCGCAGCCGGAGCCGCAGCCUGAGCCGGAGCAGGAUGGCCCGGAGGGACCAGCCCAAGCAGGGCCUGAGGAAGAGGACGGGGGAGAGGUCUUCUCCUUUAAAUACAGUCCGGGGAAGCUGCGGGGGAACCAGUACCGGAAGAUGAUGACCAAAGAGGAGCUGGAGGAGGAGCAGAGGAUUGAGCUGACCUCUGACCUCACUUCCCUGUAGCAAGUUCCUUAGGUCCUGAGCCACACAUAUUCUUGCAAAUCCUUUUGAACCGAAGAAUAAUGAAGUUAUCAUUAGCCUCCUGCUAAAGGCUUUUCCUUUUGGCAUCUAAAAAGCUUGAGAGAUAAAAUGGAAAUCCCCAGAGCGGAGCCACGCAGGCUCCCGGGUGCCUCUGGCCUGCACAAAUGUGCUGGGACCCAGCCCCUCCAUCAGGACCUGUCCCUCAGCGGGGAGGGUGCCGGGAGCGCCUUGGCCCCCCGUGGUAGAGAUGCUCCCCCCUGUUGGUGUGGAUUGCUUGGUUAAGCAAGGGUUUCGUAGACUUGGAUUUGUCUUAUCACCGUACCCUGCUUUCCCCUCGCCCUUCACACCUGUGCUAUCACCAAUGGCAGCCACCUUGUCAUUUUAAAACCAGCAGAGCUUCAUCCCCGCCCCGCCUUUUCCUUCACUGGAGCCAAAUUGUGAAAGACUCUGAGGCCUGCCAGACCAACGAGGCAAAGCUCCUGUGCUGGCUAGCUGGCUCAGGGAUGGUGGACGUCCUCCUUUCCCUGGAGGCCCACUUCCCUCUUUCCAUCUGGGGGGCUCGGGUGUUGGGGGUGAGAGAGGAGAGUCGCAGCGGCAACAGUCCUAUUACUGGCCCCACAGCGGGGAACCAGCGCCAGCUAUCGAUUUGUGUGGCCCUUAGACUUCCUUUAGAGGAGGCUUGAAUCCGCCCCUCUUGUGGCUUGAGAGGCCUUUUCACUGAUGGCUCUUCCCAGUGCAGCCGAACCUCCACCUCCGCUUCGGCAGAAGCAAUAAGACUAGUUUGCUUGAAAUAGGUUUCUUGACGAUUAUGCCUUUUCCUAGAAGGUUUCGUAGGUAAGUUAGAAUUUCACCAGAUAAACGAGGUCAGCCCCAGACCCGUUUCUUGGAAUUUUAUAUUGGACAAUAUUUAUACUAUACCAGCCUAAUCUGCAGUUUUUAGAUGUGUUGGUUAAAACAGAUUUUUUUUAAAGCAGUAAGUUUAUAGAAAAAUUUGUUCCAUUUAAUGGAAGGCCGGGAUGCCACCCCCUGGGCCAUGUUACAUUCCCAGCCACCUUCUCCUCUGGUCCUAAAAUCUUAGGUUCAGAGGCGUAGUGCAGAAAGGGCACCGUGUGCAAGCCUCAUCGAGCCACGGGACGAGUAGACCUACCCUGGUUAGCACACGUGUCCCCACGCAGCAAUAACAGCAGCCUCGUCCAGGCUGGGAUCUUACUGAUACAGUAAGUAGGUGACUCCCUCCAGGGUAGUUCCCUAAUAGUUAGUUGUCUGGAAUCCUGAACGUGGCUUGUAGGCACCAAGCCUCAUCAUGUACUCCCGAUGGCUUGGAUCUGUGUGUUCAGCCUUUGUUCAGCCCAAUAAACUUUGAGUAGAUGACCUCG